GGCGGAGCUCUCAUCCUCUCGCCCUCUUGCCCACCGGCUGUUCCAUCAGCUCUCCUGUAAGCCUGAGGCUGCAGGGCGGAACCAUAGGAUUCUGGAAUGGCAGACUGGAAGGGGUGCUGGAGCGAGUGUGGCGUCCAGUAGCUGCGCAGUGUAAUUAGCACCUGGAUACCACCCUUGGACACGUGCUUUCACACGCACCACCUCAUCUCCCCCUCUGACAAGCCAGUGAACUUGAAAGUGGGAGGGGCAAGAGGGGCUGGAACUGGGAGGCGCCGUGUGGGUGCUUCUAGGCCUCAUACCUCAUGUAAUGCUCACCACAGCCUUCACCAUGAUCCUAAGCAGUUUACACACGAGGAAGUGGGCUCCUGGGGGCAGGUGCCUCGUCCAAGCCCACAGAGCUGGCGAGUAGCCGAGCCACGCUCUUCCCGCCUCACCACACACGCCCCGUUUUCUGGAUGGGGAAACGCGGCUGCUGUCCUGAAACCUAGCCUGGUGGACAGUGGCCCGAUGGGGAAACGCACAGGCUUCUCUUGUGUGUGGAGAUGCCCAGGACCUGCCAGCCCAGCGGGACGGGCGCCUUUCCCCACUGGAGCAGGGCUGUUCCUCAGCCUCCCCUCUCCUCUGCCACCCACCAUCCCCAGAACACACGGCGCCACCUCAGGGCUCCCAGAGACCAGGACGGACGCAGCCAUGUCGGAGCUGGUGCCCGAGCCCAGGCCUAAGCCGGCCGUGCCCAUGAAGCCCGUCAGCAUCAACACCAACCUGCUGGGCUACAUUGGCAUCGACACCAUCAUCGAACAGAUGCGGAAGAAGACCAUGAAGACCGGGUUCGACUUCAACAUCAUGGUCGUCGGUCAGAGUGGACUGGGCAAGUCAACGCUGGUCAACACGCUCUUCAAAUCGCAAGUGAGCCGCAAGGCCUCCAGCUGGAACCGCGAGGAGAAGAUCCCCAAGACCGUGGAGAUCAAGGCUAUUGGGCACGUGAUAGAGGAGGGCGGCGUCAAAAUGAAGCUGACCGUCAUCGACACGCCUGGCUUUGGAGACCAGAUCAACAAUGAAAACUGCUGGGAGCCCAUUGAGAAGUACAUCAACGAGCAGUACGAGAAGUUCCUGAAGGAGGAGGUGAACAUCGCCAGGAAGAAACGCAUCCCGGACACUCGUGUCCACUGCUGCCUCUACUUCAUCUCCCCGACGGGACACUCCCUGCGACCCCUUGACCUGGAGUUCAUGAAACACCUCAGCAAAGUGGUGAACAUCAUCCCCGUCAUAGCCAAGGCUGACACCAUGACGCUGGAGGAGAAGUCCGAAUUCAAGCAGAGGGUUCGAAAGGAGCUUGAAGUACAUGGCAUUGAGUUCUACCCACAGAAGGAAUUUGAUGAAGAUUUGGAGGACAAGACGGAGAAUGACAAAAUCCGGGAGAGCAUGCCGUUUGCCGUGGUGGGAAGUGACAAGGAAUACCAAGUGAACGGCAAGCGGGUCCUCGGCAGGAAGACUCCCUGGGGGAUCAUCGAAGUGGAAAACCUCCACCACUGUGAGUUUGCCCUGCUUCGAGACUUUGUCAUCAGGACUCACCUCCAGGACCUCAAGGAAGUGACACACAACAUCCACUAUGAGACCUACAGGGCCAAGCGGCUCAAUGACAACGGAGGCCUCCCUCCGGGAGAAGGCCUCCUGGGCUCUGUCCUUCCACCCGUGCCAGCCACCCCCUGCCCCACUGCUGAAUGAAGGCCAUUUCAAGCGCUGCUUCUCCCUCCAUUCCUCUCAGCUGUUAUUGCUGCGGGGCCAUGACCUUUUAAGGGCUGUGUUUGUCCAGUCCACCUCCACAGCCCUUCUCUCUCCCUGGCCCUCAGCAGGUGGGAGGGGCCAGCUGCUUUAGGACAGUCGCCUUCUCCAUUUAUCCAAACACCCCUCUCCUCCCAGUGGAAUGGAGCCCUCGCCAGCACUGCCCUCCUCCAUCGUCUGUGUCAGCUGGUCCCAGCCCAUCUGUAGGGUGAAAGAACUCAUCAAGAGCUUCUUCUGCCCUUGCAAACCCAUACCAGCUACUUGUUACCAUCUCCAAGGGACAUGGCAUUGCUCCCUGUCCAUCUGCAUGAGCUACUCUUGGCUUCCUUAAAGGGUCAAGAAAGCCAUUUUUCUGCUUGUCAGAUUCAUUGAUGUCAGCUGUGUGAGCCCUGGUGUGGGACAAGGGUGUCUCCUUCAUUGCUUAAAACUUAUUUAUAAGGAUGGGUCACUACAGAUGUGGGGGAGUAAGGGCUAGGACCUCUCCUUUAAAAAGCACCACUUGUGGCUGGCCCAGAGUGUGGUUACACACCCUCCCCACCCCAUAAUCAGCCACUUAGGAAGAGUGGUUUUCCGAAGAGACAUUUCUGGGUUGACUCCCUUAUCCUCAACCUUAAAAAACAAAGGAACUAAACACAGACAAAAAAACUCCAGAUCCCCAGAAGAUGUGAACUCUAGGAAGAAAAAAAGCACCCAUCUGUCUACUUAGCAAUAAGAAGGAUCUCUUCCCACCCACAUUGACUAUUCCUACCCCUCCCCUCCCCAAUUAAUGUGAGUAAUGAAACAGUCUGGCCACAGUUGGGCACUGUAGGCUAGUGGAAAAUACCCAAUGGAGGGCAAAGGCCCUUAUCAGAUGCAUGAAUGUUUGCGAAUGUCGGCUGCCACUGCCCCACACACUGUGUCUUUAUGGAAUCUCUCCCUGCCCACCCCUCCCCUUCUCCACCUGGACACAACUUGCUCAAAGGCUGGUGACUUGUGGGCCAUUCAUCUACAACCAAGUCCUGAUGGAGCAAGAGGCCCAAGCCUAGGGGAUGCAAGAACGACCCAUUUCUUAAAUGUGACUAGUCCCAGCCAACCUUUUGGUGACAUUAUGGUUAAAUUUCCCAACUGAAAACAAGCCAAUGACACUCAAACUGGUUGUGUAAAUGUUGCUAGACUUUAUGUGUUGUACAACUAAACAUUGCUGUUUGAACAAUAA